AUGCGCACGACAACAGCGUGGCCAUCUUACCCGCCGGCGGCCAACACCCCAUUGUGCCGUGUGGGCACAUCUCGGAAGGGAGAUCGCCGUGCAGGUACAAUAACCUCCGAACGGCGUCUAGUGUCACCUGUGGACAGACCUGUCCGCUGUAGAAUUUUUGUAUACACGCACUUCUGCUUCUUCCCUCUUCUCGCACACGCUCUUGUCCAGCGUUCAACAACCUUGUUCCCCACGGGGCUGAGUGGAACGCGUACACGCUCUCUUCUUGUCACUCACUGCUGUCUCCCUCCUAUCGCGGCCGACUACGAGGUUAUCCUACUGUUUUCGAACGACACUCGUGAGCCGGCCACAGUUCAACUGGCACGCGACUACCACUGCGGCGCAGCCAGACACAGCGCCGUCGUUUUGCUUUGGCCGGGAGACCAGGUUUCCUUGAUAUUGGCAGCCGGCUCUACGUAUCGUUAUGUACUCAAGACGGGAUCGAAGCUCGCCAGCGUUUCUAUAAACCGCUGGAGAGACACGACGAUCACCGUGACGGAUGCCUUCUCCAGCGCAGGAUCGCCAGGAACACCCGCAACCAUCUCAUCCGGUCGAACCGUUGACGUCGCGUUGACGUUGAACGUUGAACAGUCCACGCUCAUGAUCUAA